AUGUCUAACCUUUCCGUGCAAUUGACUGCCCCGAACGGGCGCUCCUAUGCCCAGCCCAUUGGUCUCUUCAUUAACAACGAGUUUGUUGCUUCCAAGUCCGGGGAGAAGAUCUCUUCUAUCAACCCUUCUAACGAAGCGGAAAUCACCUCCGUCUAUGCCGCCGGUGAGGAGGAUGUUGAUGCUGCCGUCAAGGCCGCACGCAAGGCCCUCAAGGACCCUUCCUGGAAGCUUCUGCCCGCUACUGAGCGCGGUGUUCUCAUGCUAAAGCUCGCCGACCUGAUUGAGCAACACAAGGAGACUCUGGCCACCAUUGAGACUUGGGAUAACGGUAAGCCUUACCAGGUUUCGCUGAACGACGAUCUCGGCGAGGUCACCUCUUGCCUCCGCUACUACGCCGGCUGGGCCGACAAGGUCACUGGCCAGACCAUCGGCACCACCCCUCAAAAGUUCGCCUACACUCUGCGCCAACCCAUUGGUGUCGUUGGCCAAAUUAUUCCCUGGAACUUCCCUCUGGCUAUGGCCGCCUGGAAGCUCGGCCCUGCCCUGGCCUGCGGUAACACUAUCGUCAUGAAGGCUGCCGAGCAGACCCCGCUCAGCAUUCUUUACCUGGGCAACCUCAUCAAGGAGGCUGGUUUCCCUCCUGGUGUCAUUAACAUUCUGAACGGCCACGGCCGUGUCGCUGGUGCUGCGCUGGUUCAACACAACGAUGUUGAUAAGGUUGCAUUCACUGGCUCCACUAUCACUGGUCGCGAGAUCAUGAAGAUGGCCGCCGGCACCCUGAAGAACAUCACCCUCGAGACUGGUGGCAAGUCCCCUCUGAUCGUUUUCGAGGACGCCGACAUCGAGCAGGCCGCCAAGUGGGCUCACAUUGGUAUCAUGUACAACCAGGGUCAAGUCUGCACCUCUACUUCCCGUCUUCUAGUCCACGAGUCCGUCUAUGAUAAGUUCGUUGCUGUCUUCAAGGAAGUUGUCGCUUCCACCAGCAAGGUCGGCGACCCCUUCGACGACGAAACCUUCCAGGGUCCCCAGGUCACCAAGGCCCAGUACGACCGAGUCCUCUCCUACAUCGAGGCCGGUAAGUCCGAGGGCGCAACUCUCGUCUCUGGCGGCGAGCCAUACAAGAAUGUCGGCGACGGCAAGGGCUUCUUCAUCGCCCCUACCAUCUUCACCGGCGUCAAGGACAACAUGCGCAUCUACCGCGAAGAAGUCUUCGGCCCCUUCGUCGUCAUCGCCAGCUUCAAGGGCGAGGAAGAAGCUGUCACCCGCGCCAACGACACCACCUACGGUCUCGGUGCGGCCGUCUUCACCAAGGACAUCGAGCGUGCACACCGUGUUGCUUCAGACAUUGAGGCCGGUAUGGUCUGGAUCAACAGCAGCAACGACAGCGACUUCCGCGUGCCAUUCGGUGGUGUCAAGCAGAGUGGUAUUGGUCGGGAACUGGGCGAGGCUGGUAUGGAGGCGUACUCGCAGACCAAGGCUGUCCAUGUCAACAUGGGUAGCCGGCUGUAA